GUCUUUGAAGUGUGCGGACGGAUGUGGCAUCCAUGCAAUUGACGGUUUAAUACUGAGUCCAUAUUGACUCUCACUUGAGCCACCAUGGGGGGAGUAACGUCCAAGGUCGUCCGCAGACUACCCAAAGAGAAACCAUCAUGGACUGGAAGCCGAACACCGUCAAAGCCUGGUGCAGCCCCACUGGGGGAGGCCAAAUUUCCACUGGCCAGCGACACCAAGAGCCGAGCCAUCGAAGACGACGGGAAAGACCCACAAUUCAUGUCCAAGUUGAACAUGCUAGGACCUGUGCGUGUUGAUCAUCACAUGCAGUCUACCCAACCCACAGACCACGCCAAAGCUAUGUAUCGUUCCAGAAUGCAAUCUGAGGUCGAGGCAGCGAAUUCUCGUGCGACACGCAACCGUCUACUGGCCUCUUCCCUGAGCGACUUGUUCGACACUCGCAAGUCCGUGACAACCACCGCAGAGCUAGAAUCACUCGCAGCACGGUACGGGAUCGACGUCGGCAGACUUCAACAGCUUUGUCGGCAUUUCAACACACCGAGCGUGGAUGAGCAUACGAUCGUUAGGACGACAGAUGAGAACGGUGAGGAAUCAGUGACGAUGAUGGCUCGUUGGGUAGAUCCUCGACUAUAAGAUCAUCAGCUGAGUGGAUUUGUCAAUCGAAUGCUAUCAAGUACAGAUGUCGAUGUUAUAAUUUACAAGUUAUAUGCAGUACAAACAAGCCAAACGAGUAACAAGAAUGCUAGAAGUAUAUGCGCAAUGCACUGGUUUGCACAGAUUCCGCAGGGCAGUAGGGACAUUUGACGCGGCUAGAG